GAUUGGUCAAGCGUCUUCCUGACGUCUGACGCAAUGUUUUCGCACGAUUUGAAUUUACGAAACGUUUUAUUGCUAACCUGUUUCCGUCUCCAUUUAAUAACAGACGUGUCUGCGGUGCCUCAAUCAUAGAGAGGGAAAGGAAAUGAACGAUGAUCUCUGCAAGUCGUUUGACAGAGUUGCUAGAAAGAUGGGCUGGCUGGAAGAGGGACUGGACUCAACCCAAAACAAGUUGAUGAGCAUGAUCGGCAAGACGCGUAAUGGUGGGACAAGUGGAGUUCCUAGCGAGUCCAGUGACGAAGAGUUUGACAAUUUUCUUGUGAAAAACUUUACACCCAAAACAAAAAUUAAGCCACAGAAGUCAAUCAGUGCUGCAAAGACACCCAGCUCAAAUGUUCCUGUGGUGAGCUCAGGUGAUGAAGACGACUUUGAGACAUUUUUGCAGCAAGUGAAAACCCCCGCCGCCAAAGCCAGGACAAGAUCUGAAAGCGGCAGUGAAGACAGCCUGAAAAACUUCAUAGUGAACGAUUUCUCGUCUGAUGAAGAUUUUCUUGAAACUAAGACAUCCUUAAAAGUUCCUCAGAAGAUCAAAACUCCAGCAGGGCAGCGUCCAUUCAGAAGACCUCUCGCGCAGUUGAACUCGCCGGUGUUUGUUAGCGACAGCGGGGACGACGAUGACGAAAACAUUAUCAUGAGGAGCCCUUGGAAGACUCGUCACUCAAAGCCCAAACCUCUGCAAAGAGUCGAAAAGAGUGAAAACAAGCAGGAAGAGAAUUGUUCACCAUUGCUGCCCAGUUUAUCGGACUUCCUCCGUCCUCCCAGUAACGCUUCGGCAUUAACAACUUCGCCCAAGCGGACUUUUUCAGCACCUUGCAGGCUGGAGGAGUCGAGCGAUUCUGAGGAGGAGUUUGCAUCCCUGUUGGAGAGGCUGAAAAAGAAAAACAAUCUCACCAGCACCACAUUCAGCCCAAAGACCAGUAAAGAAUCUGAAACAAAGCUUGUGGUCUCAGCUCCUGCUGUGAAACCAUUCGCAACACCAAGCUCGAAAGCGAUCAAGGAGAAACCUCAAGACGUAAAAACGCAUGGAAAAUCCUCCAUUUUGAAGCCUAAAGUCAGUCAGACGGACCCCAGGCCCGCUGCUGUGAGCAGGAUUGCGGUGUGCAAGACCCCCGGCUGCUUCUUGGAGUCACUCACAGUUCCCGGCUCCAUAUACGGAUCCAUUUUCAGGAAGAAUAAGGAAGAACUCACAAGCAAGCUGUACCAGCUUUACAAUACCAGCGUGUUUGACAACAAGCUCCCAACCAACAUGUCUGUAACCUGGAAUAAGAAGAUGCGGAAAACAGCGGGCUACUGCGUCACAGGACAGGAAAAAGGCGGAGGGAACCGCUACGCUCGCAUCGAGCUGUCCGACAAAGUCUGCGACUCUGCAGAUCGCCUCAGGGACACGCUGAUCCACGAGAUGUGCCACGCUGCCACGUGGCUGAUAAACGGCGUGAGGGACGGUCACGGAAACCUAUGGAGGCUGUACGCACGCAAGUCCACGCUCAUGCAUCCUGAGCUGCCCAUGGUGACGCGCUGCCACAGUUACGACAUCAAGUACAAGUUCCAGUAUCAGUGCAAGCGCUGCCAGAAUACGAUCGGCCGCCACUCCAAGUCUCUGGACACGCAGAGGUUUGUGUGCGCGCUCUGCACGGGUCCGCUGGUCUUACUGACGGCUUCGAAGCCACGCGCUCCCACGCCUUUCGCCACAUUUGUCAAAGAGAAUUAUGGGAGCGCGAGGCAGGAGCUGGCGGGGCAGAGCCACGCGGAAGUGAUGCGGAAACUGAGCACCGACUUUGCCUCGAAGACCAAACUCGGUGAAAGCUGAAUGAGCGGACUCACUGAAAACGCUUUACCUCAUUCGGUGUUCUUACCUUUUCGGGCCACUGUGAUACUUUUUUUUUUUUCUUUCUUGUCGUUGGUUGCUGUAACUGGAACGUUUUCUGUCCACUAUAUUUUUUUUUUGUAUUCAAGUUGAUAGAACUAUCUCAUGUCUUAUCCUCUCUCUAGAAUAUGCUGGAUGAUUUAUUUUUUUUGGCCAGUAAUCUAACAAUAAAAAUUUGAUACAUGUAAGAAAUUU